GGUUACUUCGAGACUUGCGCAGAGCUCGCGAUUAGCUCGUUCACAGCUCUCUCUCCAGCUUCGUAGAAGAUGUCCUAGACGAUGAGUGCCAGCUCCGUCUCUGGAUUCCCCGGGCUGCGCAAGCGUCCCAGGUACUCCGCGCGUCCUUUCGUGCUCACCGUUGUCGCCAUACUCGCCUUGUGCUUGCUCACAUGGACAAUCGAAGGGGGCCGCUGGUCGUGGGGUUCGCCAGUGCACCGUGGGAUUCGGUCCAAAAGAGGUCUCUCGAUUCAGGAUGAAGACUGCCGAUUAGUACACCAUGCGACUGACAAAUGCGCAUAUGUUCAAGCCAAUUGUCCGGACGAAGAAGCCGGCAUCUUUUCCUACUUGACCCUGUACUAUUGCCGUCUACCUCACGCCAAGCCUGUCGCAUUCAUUAUACUAGUACUAUGGCUCGCUACACUCUUUAGUACCAUCGGAAUCGCCGCGAGCGACUUCUUCUGCGUCAAUCUUAGUACAAUCGCGAGCUUGCUUGGUAUGAGUGAGAGCAUGGCUGGCGUCACCUUCCUAGCGUUGGGGAACGGCAGCCCAGAUGUCUUCUCUACCUUUGCAGCAAUGAGCACAAACUCCGCUAGCUUGGCUAUUGGGGAACUAAUUGGCGCGGCUGGGUUCAUUACUGCCGUUGUAGCUGGUUCAAUGGCACUCGUCCGGCCAUUCAAGGUUGCGCGCAAGAGCUUUGUCCGCGACGUCGGAUUCUUCAUUGUCGCCGCAAGCUUCAGCAUGAUAUUCAUCUGGGACGGGAAGCUAUCGUUAUGGGAGUCUGCCACCAUGGUCGGAUUCUAUAUAUUUUAUGUGUGCUUCGUUAUGGUAUGGCAUUGGUGGCUUGGACGGAGGAAAGCACGGAGGCUGCGAGCUGCAGCGAUGAGAAGUCACUAUGUAGUACCUGGUGGAGAAGAGGAGGAAAUACAAGAGGAAUAUCAUGACGAAGAUGAUGGACCAGCUAGCGAAGCAGGCCGCACCCUGCAUCGGGGUGCGUCUACAGACGACUUCUCCGCAUUAGAACGAGCAGGUGGAGGAGGAUCACUGGAAGAGGAUGAUAAUGAAGAAGUUCGCGAGAGAUGGUUAGGUGAACUCAGCAGCAACAUGCGCCUCAGCAGACCGAGAGCAGGGACCCGCCGGAACACACAUAACCCGAUUAGACCCAGUCUUGUGGGCGCAUUAGAGUUUAGAGCUGUCCUUGCAUCUUUGCAAAAAUCCAGAAAUAUCCAGUCUAUGCCCAUAAAUCUACGACGAUACUCGGACGACCCAACCUACACCUCCGCUCAGCAACAAAAUAUCCUUUCGACCAACUCAGAUCCCGCAUCCCGACCUCCGUACUACGUUCCACCAACGGCGUCGGAUCGGUCCCCAUCCGUAACGAGACCCGCUGCCGACAUUCAGAGGCGCUUUGGUAACCGCGCAAGAGCAGUUUCUGCAAAUGAUGUCGAUGGUACCCGCCUCGACCCUACGACCCUUCAACAAGGAACCCUCGGCAUUCCAAGCAUCGACUUUGGCCUAGCAUCACCUGAAGAACAACCAAGUGGCCUGCAAGACCCUAGCAAUCCACCUCCAUCUCCAAGCAUCUCACUUUCACCACCGCCAUCUGAGCAGAAUUCAAGGUCUGCGAGUCCAGCUCCACCUAUAACCAGGCGUACAACGUCUGAUAGACUGGCUCCCCCAGAUAUCGGCGCGCCUGGACCCGUUAACCAGGGAACUCAAAGCCCUAGUCACCUUUCGUCUCCAGCAUUAGACCCUUCUAAUCGUCCAGGCCUCCGACAAAACCUAAAGUUGACUGUCCCGGGCCCAUCUCUACCCGCUCCAUUCCCUGCGUAUAUAGACUAUCCCCUCUCUACUCAAAGUUCUUCCAGAACACCAAGCCUACGUCUACCAUCACCCAGUGCGUCUCCAGAAUCACUGUUCCAUGGUGACGACCUUUUAGGCGCUGACAGAGAUCCUGCAAAGGUGCCACGGUGGUGGCCCUCCAAAAUAGUUCCUUUGCCACAUGUUCUAUUAUCGACCUUUUUCCCCACCUUGACUGACUGGCGGGAGAAGAGCUUAUGGGAGAAGUUAUUGGGAAUCAUAGCCGCUCCUAGCGUAUUCUUACUGACGGCAACGCUACCCGUUGUUGAGACUCAGAAAGAUGAAGACGGCGAUGAAGAUGACGUGUCGCAGAGCUUUAGUUUACCAGGGCCUUUGGCACCCGUCAACAACACAACCGGUCGACAACAGGGAAGUCUCAUCACAAUCACGGCACCAGAUAGUCAAUCGAGCACCGAACGAUCUUCUUCUACAAACGGAAUAAAUAAAGGUGGCUCGACGAAUGGUGCCUCUCGGAGUAACUUGACGAUAUCCCAUCGGCCAGAGCAAGGUCACUCACCUCAGCUCUCCAUCACCACCAGUGACCUCAUCCAGUCUCCAGAGCAGCUCCCAACCGUGGCCCCCACAACUCCAGAGCCCAGGCAAUGGAAUCGCUGGCUUGUAAUUAUUCAAGCUUUCACUGCGCCCUUUUUUGUUGUGCUUAUUGUUUGGGCGAACACAGAGCCUGAAGUCCCACGCGCACUUCUGAGGCCUACGUUAUAUUCCCUAACCUUCUCUCUCUUUCUCCUGGCAAUUCUCCUGGGCACAACAACCCCGAGUCGACCGCCACGCUGGCGAACACUACUGUGUUUCUUAGGUUUCGUUGUGAGCAUCGCUUGGAUAAGCUCCAUUGCCAACGAGGUAGUUGGAGUGUUGAAGACGUUGGGAGUCAUCCUGAACAUAAGUGAUGCUAUUCUUGGCCUCACCAUCUUCGCUGUCGGGAACUCACUUGGGGACUUCGUAGCUGAUAUUACUGUUGCACGACUUGGGUUUCCUGUCAUGGCUCUGUCAGCUUGUUUUGGUGGCCCAAUGCUCAACAUCCUCCUGGGAAUUGGAAUCAGCGGGUGUUACAUUACGAUCAAAGGCGGGAAGCACCAUCACGAAAAGCACCCGGACCGUCCACUAAGGUUUAAGCCAUACCACAUCGACGUCAGCACCACGCUGGUAAUAUCAGGAGCAACAUUACUGGCCACGCUGGCGGGUCUUCUCGUGGCAGUGCCGUGGAGGAAAUGGAAAAUGGAUAGAGUUAUUGGAUGGGGCUUGGUGGUGGUGUGGAGCGCCAGCACGCUAGCUAAUGUCAUAGUUGAGGUGCUUGGUUUAAGCAGCAGCGUGCGUUGACUGGAUAUCGAUGUCGGGAGGGAAGCAAGUUUUUCAUUUGGAUAGACGCAAUA